UUCUUGGUUCUAGUUAUCAGUUGAAUCCAGCUCAACGUACAGCGCACACUCUCGCGUCUACUAAAUAAUCCCAAUAACUCAAAAACUCCAUUAGCAAUGGCAUUCUUCAAAUCCCUGAUCUGCCUGGCCGUCCUGAGCGCCGCCUCCGCCGGAGUCCUCCACGGACAUGGUGGACAUGCUGGUCUCUACGCCGCCGCCCCGGCCAUCUAUGCCGGCCACGGCCAUCAUGACGAGGGAAUCGACUACCAUGCCUACCCCAAGUACCACUACAACUACGGAGUGGCUGACUCGCACACCGGAGAUGUGAAGUCGCAGCACGAGGUGCGCGAUGGCGAUGUGGUGAAGGGAUCCUACUCCCUGGUGGAGCCCGAUGGUUCGGUGCGCACCGUGGAGUACACCGCCGAUGACCACAACGGCUUCAAUGCCGUCGUCCACAAGACCGGACCCACGGUCCACCAUGCCGCCCCCGCCGUGGUGGCCCAUGCCGCCCCUGCCGUUGUGGCCCAUGCUGCCCCCCAGUUGGCCUAUGCCCCGGCCGUUGCCCACCAUGUGGCCGCCGCUCCGGCUGUGCCCUACGCCGGAUCCCUAGCGCAUCAUGCCGCCGUGCCCGCCUACGGAUAUGCCACUCACAAUGCCCACGCGCAUGUGGCCCACAAUCGCCACAGUAUUCCGGGCAGCUUUGCGGUGUUUGUAUCUGGUGCCGUUGAAUUACUACAAAAUAUUUUUCACGUUUCAAACGCAUUUGAACCAAAAAGUUUAUAUUUCCUAAAAAAUAAAAUGGCAAACUUCGUGUGCUUCGUGAUCCUUUCGUUGGCUCUGUUCGCCAGUGUUGCUGUGGCGAAGCCAGGAUACGCAUUGGACUAUUAUGACCAUCCCAAAUAUGCCUUUAACUAUGGAGUGGCGGAUCACACCACAGGAGAUGUAAAAUCGCAGCAUGAAACUCGAGAUGGCGAUGUAGUCAAGGGUCAAUACUCUUUGGUUGAACCCGAUGGUUCCAUCCGCACUGUGGACUACACGGCGGACUCCAUUCACGGCUUCAACGCGGUGGUGACCAAGUCGGGACCCACUGUGCACGCCCAGGCGGUGGUGGCCAAUCCCAUUGUGGCCCAUAAGCCCAUUUUGGCCCACUACGAACCACAGGUGGUGAAGCACGUGGCUCCGGUGGCUCAUCAUGCCCCACUGGUGGUGGCCUCCCCGGCGCCCUAUGUGGCCAAGCACUAUGCUCCGACGGCGGCAGCUGCACCCAUCCACUACGACUACGACGAUGGCUACUACAACCAGGGCCAGCAAUAUGAGUACAUUCCCCAGUACGACCAGUAUAAUGGACACUACGGCCAUUAUGCGAGUCCCUACGCAGGUCACUACUAGUAUGGACGGAUGCAUUUCGUAGUCGUUUAAGCCCACUUAGUUCGUACACCACCCCGGAAAUUCAACGGAUUCUCUCAGUGUAGCUUGCAAAGGAGCUUUGAGAUCUACGCUACGCACGAACGAACAAAAGGGAACAACAUCAAGGUUAAUCUUACUUAAGUUAUGUAACAAAUUUGUAAAAUAAAUAUUCGAAAAAAAGUUUAAGUGGAAAUACAAAAA